UUACAGGAUCUAGAAACAAAGGAACCAUUAGGAAUGACUCGACAAGUAACAGUUCGUUUAUCUCAAAAAGGUCCCAAUAGCUAUUUCUUUCGAAAUAAAACAAAUCGAUGGCGUGCUGCCACUCGCAAAGUUUGUAUGCACGCUUCUACAGAACAUUUCGUGGCCCAAACUCAUCCAACGGAAAAUACGCCUGAUGUACAGCUAAAAGAGUUGAUUCGUGGUCAAAAACCUAUGUAUACUACUAGUCCAACUACAACUGAUAGUCCAUCAUGUAGUGUGGUAGAAARUGAGGUCCAAAAAUCUCAUACCCAACAAGAUGGAUAUCCUGAUGAUAAAGAAUAUAAAUCAAAUAUUUUUUAUUAUUUGAUGGAUGUUCUAAGUACUGUGUCACAAUUUAUUACCCGCACCUCAUAUAUUGGCACCAAUAUUGUAAUGAUGGCUUGGAGUAUUACAUACCACAGUUGGUUAACAUUUGUAUUGUUAUUAUGGGCUAGUAUUUCAUGGAUGGUUCCUCAACAAAGAAAAACAAUGUUAAGAUCAUCACCAUUUUUAGUAUUCUAUGCAGAAUUUUUACUGUUAUCGCAAUUCUUAUACGGAAUGAAUUUAAAUGACUCCGAAUUACCUCAAACCAUUCAAGAUUGGAAUUUAGAACAAAUAGGCUUCACCAAAGUUCUUCAUUUCCCUUGCAAACCUUUAAUCAUAAAAACAUUAUUUACAACAAUGUUCUGGAUAACAAUGAGACAAUAUAUGCAAGAAAGGAGAGAAGCUAGAAGUCAUUCGGCUGUAGCUAAUAUGAUUGCUCCUCUUCAAGUUACAGUGGGAACAGCAACAGCUAUGGGAGGUGAUUCAGGCACAAAAGGCAGUCAAUUAAUGCAGAGACUUGGUGAAGAAGCUAAAAUAAUUCUAACUAAAUUCUGGAUAUGGGUUGUGGCAUUUGUUUUGUUUGGAAUUGGCAUAACUGGUGAACGGAUGACAAUAUUCCGAAUAAUUUAUAUGGCUUUGGCGUUAAUAUUUUUAUUAACAUUUCAAUUAUCUUGGGUUUUGUGGAGGAAAAUUAUGUAUGGUUUUUGGCUUACUGUCAUAAUUUAUUCAAUGCUGAUAUUAGUUAUGACCUAUACAUAUCAGUUUGAUAAUUUUCCAUACUACUGGGAAAAAUAUUUGAAAAUACCUCCCACGUUACAAUUAGAUAUAGGUUUGGAAAAAUUUGAAACUGGUGAGCUGUUUGUAAGACUUCUGACUCCUACAUUUUUUGUUAUCAUAACUGUUGUUCAACUUUACUAUUUUCAUAAAGAUUUUUUGGCUAUUUCUGAUAUAAAAAGCCGAGGUACUAGUAUUGUCAAACCAUCUAAACCAGGUUCUUCUGGUUCAGAUAGUGACAAAGAAUCAACAAAUUCUAGCAUUUCACUUACAGACAAUAAAUAUCAAAAACAUCCUCCACGUCCAAGCUUUAUAUCUGAAAGAAAAUCUUUCAAAGUCUUCAAAAAUCUACCAAAGGUCAAAUUACGCUCAUUUUUUAAGAUGCUUAAAACAAUUAUGUCAUAUAUAAUUGAGCUUGCAUGGCUAUAUGCCGAAUUACACAUGAUUAAAAUUAUAUUGUUGUGUGUCAUGUUUUUGGCUGUAUAUGAGGUGUGUUUGGUUCAUUUUGUGUUGGUUGUAUUGGUGACUAUUUCAUUAGUAUUUAAUAGCCGUAUACAGUCAAUUAUUGUUUAUAUUAUUUCUGUGUAUGUAUCUAUAUUGUUACUUACCAAAAUGAUUUAUCAAAUUGAAUAUAUACGAGAGGGUACAUGGAAUGUCACAUGUCCAGACCCUCAUGAUCCAGAUAAAAUGAAAGGUUAUAAUACUGCAAAUUGGGUUGGAUUUAAAAAGUCUACAGCUAAUGUCUCAUUACUCAAUUUACUAAAAGGAUAUAUUUCUAUAGUUUUUGUCAUCACAUUGCAUAGAGUUGUAAUCACUCGGCAAAAAUAUAAAAGACAUUUAAAAGGUAGACCAUUGGCUAAACCUUUAAGGAUGUUUCCAGGUAUUACAUUUAAAGAUGUUGACCAUGACAUACCUCAUUGUCUUAAGUAUUUGUUGAAUUUUGGAUUUUAUCGAUUUGGUGUUGAGAUUACUCUUAUUGCUGUAGCAGUAUUAGUUGGAACCAGAAUGGACUUUUACGCAGUACUGUAUGCAUUAUGGUUAAUGACUUUUGUAAUGUUGUCAAGGGGAACUUUAGCAAAAGUGUGGAUAAUUUUUAUGUUUUUUGUUGUCAUCACUAUACCAUUGCAAUAUGCUAUUGUGAUUGGACUUCCUCCAGAUCUUUGUUUACAAUGGCCAUGGGAUGAAAAUGAAAUUAUGAAGAAUUUCCGUGACUGGAUGUUCUUACCAGACCCUGAUUCCCCACCAGAUGCAUAUAAAUUAUUAUGUGAUUUUAUUGUGUUAUUAUUUGUAUCUCGCCAAUCUAUUGUCUUCAAAAUAGAAAGAAGACAUAUAGAUGUGGAAUAUCCAGGAGGAACAAAUCGUUCAAUUAUUGAGGAAGCUGAAAAACCCAGUUUUAUAAAUCCUGUUCCUGAUUUUGUAUCUCACAUAAGAUCAUGGCUUGAUAUUUUAAAACGUAUUGUUCUCAUUGGAUUUAUUUGGUUUACAUUAGCAAUUGUGUUUUUAGCCGGUACCAAUAGAGUUAAUCUAUUUUCUCUUGGAUAUCUAAUAGKGUCUUUUAUAUUUUUAUGGCAAGGCAACGAUUAUUAUCUUCGACCUGUAAAUGUUAUUCUUAAAUGGUGGAAUAAAUUAAUACUUUAUAAUAUUACUGUUAUUACCUUGAAAGCUAUACUCCAAAUACCUGGAUGUAUUUUUAUGAAUUAUAUGAAAAUGAAAGCUUGUUGGAUGAUUCAACUAUUUGGUAUUUCUUGUAUUCAAAAGUUUUCUACUAACCAUCCAGUUACAACGUCAUCAGACAAUGAUGAUUGUGAAAUACCAGUUGAGCAUGUUGGCCUAGCAUGGGAUAUUUUAUGCUUUGGGUUUUUAAUCUUUCAAAGACGUCUUUUUAACAGCCAUUACUUCUUUAGAAUUGUGGAUGAAACAAAAGCAAUGGCUAUAUUAGCCUCUAGAGGAGCUGAAUUAAUUCAAGAACUUUCACAAAAACGAAUCCAAGAACAGCAUGAAUCAGAAAGAAAGGUUCUGGAAAAAAUCAAAUCAAAAAUGGACCGAAUCAAAGCUACUCAAAAGAAAAUUCAAGGUUUUGGAAUCAAGGAUCCGGAAUCUCACGAAAAAGCCGAAGAAACUGCGUUCGCCCCCUUAGCCCGCGAUCUGUCGGGCAGUUCGAUCCUCCAGAGUUUUCACACGCCACUUGAAGAUGAACCACCCACACUUUCUUACCUGCAACCGCCAACGCCCACGUCCACUGUCCUGACUGUAUCGUUGGAUGGUUACCUUGAUCCGCAGCGAAUUUCGUUCAGUAGCACCACGCACCGACGGCCGCUGUCGUUUGACGAAAGUGCCAUUUAUUCUGGUGUAUUUUCACCACCACCAACAAUCACGCAACACCGACGUCAGUCCUCAUUGGGUGUUCCAUCUACCUGGUAUCCGCGCAAACGGUCGGCCUCAGCAACAUCUCAUCAUACUUCUAUUCGUUCUGGUGAUUAUUAUAUGUUUGAUGAAUUUGAUGAUGAAUUAGAUUCAAUUGUGGAAAAAGAUAAUGAAUUAAGUGAUGACUCACUUGAAGAUUCAGACAAGACUGACACUGACCAAUUUGUGUAUAAAAAAAAAAAAGAAAUGGAUAAAUCAGUUGUUGGUGAAACGAGUAAACUAGCCAUGGGUGAUGUCAAGAAUUUGAGAGAAGAUGCCCAAGAUGGAGAUAAGUUAAAAUCAUUCAGUAAGAAAAUUAAGGAAAAUAUUUAUUUGUUCAUGGCUUUUGUCAACAGUUCAACUAAAACAUUGACUAGGAAAUUAAAUAAAAUUUCUCGWGACUAUAGAUAUGUUAUCAGAACACUAGCAGUUGAAAAGAAAACAUUAAAACAAAAUCGAGGUUUUGGAAUUGGUCUAAGAACAGGCUCAUCAAUGAUUUGGCAGCCUAUGCCAUUUGUUGGUAAAAGUGUUACAUUAAGUGCUGAAAAACUGGAAGAAUUAGAAGAACAACAAGAAUUAAAUGCCUCCAAUCAGCCCCAGCUUAUGCGCCUUGUCUUGGCUCUUUGGUUUGCAAUCAUAUCCCACUCUGAUUUGGUGUGCUAUUUUAUGAUAUUCUUGCAUCAGAUUAAAUCUGCCACCAUAUUAAGUUUACCAUUGCCAUUGAUGGUUUUUCUGUGGGGUACACUCACUGUUCCUAGGCCAACAAAGAAUUUCUGGGUUACUCUUAUCGCCUACACUGAAGUUAUUGUGGUCAUUAAAUGUAUGUUUCAAUUUGAUAUGAUCCCAUGGAAUCAACAAGUUGUUACUGACAACAUGCCAUUCUUCCUUCCAAGAAUUAUUGGCAUUGAGAGGAAACCAAAUUACGCCACAUAUGAUUUAUUUUUACUUCUUGUUUUGUUUUUUCACCGAACUAUGUUAAAAUCAUUGGGCCUUUGGAAAAGUUCAUUGUCAUUUAAAGGAACACCUAUUAACCAAAUAUCAUUGUUUGACACAAUUGACACUCGAUGUUCAAUGGGUUCUGAAGGUUAUCAAGGAUCUGUAGACAAUGAUCCAAGUACUGAACAAACAACUGUUGUGUUAGCUCCAGAAUUUUUGCAAUCCAGUAACAAAGAUGAACAGUUAAUUCAAAAAUCAUAUGAUCAAUCAUUUGAUAAAUCAAACUCAGUGGAGACUGAUAAYCUCUUAGAAAUAAUGCCAUUAUCUCUCAAAAAGCAUUGCAGUCCUCUAGUGUCUUUCUUCGAACAGUUAAUAGAUUCAAGUUCUAGGGUUAAUGCGGACGUUUAUACUUAUAUGUUUUUAUGUGAUUUCUUCAAUAUAUUUGUUGUUGUUUUUGGAUUCUCAGCUUUUGGUUCUCAAAGUGAUGGUGGUGUGUCUCAAUAUUUUGAAGAAAAUAAAGUACCUGUUCCAUUUUUAAUCAUGUUGACCCUUCAAUUUGCAUUAAUUACUGUUGAUCGGUUGCUUUAUUUAAGAAAGUACAUUCUGGGAAAGAUACUAUUUCAGUUUGUGUUAAUAAUUGGUUCUCAUAUAUGGAUGUUUUUUAUAUUACCUGGGGUUACAGAAAGACAAUUUAACGCUGUAAUUCCUCCUCAACUAUGGUAUAUGGUAAAAUGUUUUUACCUAUUACUGUCUGCAUAUCAAAUUAGAAGUGGGUAUCCCACAAGAAUUCUGUUUGAUGAAUCUGAUUGGUAUUCUAUGAUAAAUGUUUACAAAAAGUCUAGAUCGGCACAAACAUUCUUGUCAAACUAUGAUUAUGAAGAUGUUGGUGUUUUCACCAUAACAACCCAUUCAGCAAAUACAUGGUCAAUCAGUCCACCUGAAUUGGAAAACAUGAUAAAAAAACUUAGCGCACCUAAUGCCUCUUACACAGUUAAAACUGAUUGGGCUAUUAACCGUAAGAAUGCCUAUGGAGARCAACCAAAAGAUGUUAAAGAUAGUCAUGAGAUCACUAUUAACCAAACAAUUUGUGCAGAAUUGGCUAAUCUCAUUACUUAUAAAAAUCACAGUGUCACAUUGUAUGGUUUAAUACCAAAGUUUAUAAAGGUCACUGGAUUUGGAGGAGCAAGUGCUGUAUCACAACUUAUGAUCAGUAAUGAAACUGUGCCAUAUAUGAAUGCAAGUGUGUUUUUAAAUAGCAUCAAUCAAAACAAUGACAGUGAAAAAUGGUGGGAUUUAUAUGAAGAAUGUCCCAAUGAAACUUCUGCACGAUAUUUGUAUGAUUUGCCCAAAAGUUCAUGUAUUCCUGGCGGUAACAAACAUACAUUCACAAUAUAUACAUUUAAUGACAAAGCAUUUCCAGAAACUUUGAACCUCAUUAGUGGAAAAGGGAUUAUUGGACUGUAUACAACGUUUGUUAUUGUUGUUCAUACAUUUGUUCGUGGUUUUUUCACUGGUAUAUCAACCAAAAUUAUGUUUGAUGAUAUGCCAUACGUCGAUAGAAUCUUACAACUGUGUUUAGAUAUUUAUCUAGUGAGAGAAAGUGGUGAAUUAGAUUUGGAAGAAGACCUAUUCGCUAAACUAGUGUUCUUAUAUCGGUCACCUGAAACGUUAAUUAAGUGGACUCGACCACCUGAUACAACAUCAAAUGAAGAUCCUGAUGAUGCUCUCCCUGAACUAUCUGCAUAAUAUGAUUUAAUAUAAUACUAAAUCUAAGCUAGUGAUUUUGUAUUGUUCACUUAUAUUAUUAAUAAUGUGGACUUGACAAUUUUAUUACAUCAAUCAAAGAUUUCGACAAUGCUCUCACGAUUUCACAWAAUCUCAUUUAAUGUAAUACUGAAUAUUAUAUACUUUGUUUGUGUGUCUUAGGUCUCAUGCAACAUUGUUAUUACUCUAUUAAUUAAAUAGUCUAAUUACAAAUAUUAUCUAAUUUACACGCUAAAUAUCUUAUUUACAUAAUAUCUAUGAUAUAUGAAUAUUUUUUUUACGCACUUCUUUAUCUGUGCUUUAUUAGUAAGAAAUAACCAUUUUAAGGUUGUUAUUUCUGUCACAUAAUUGUGCCCAUUGUGUUGUAUAAUUUUUUUUUUUUUAUAAUUUGUUAUUUUUUAUAAACACUA